AUGUUAGGGCUGGGAUAUGUCGAAGGUCCCGCAGUCGCAGUGACGGUCUAUCCUGUGUGCGAGGUCCUUUCCCCCGACCGGCAGCGCUUUGUGCAAGAUCAUGCCCUGCCGGAGUUUCGGCGUGUCCUCCUGCACGUCUUGGUAGCUGCUGGGGGAAUGGAUGCCUUCGUCGUCACGCCUCCACAGCCGCAGUUUAGUAUCUUUUUCGCCUUGCAGGGCCGCGCCUUUCACCUGCAUCCGGGUCAGCGUGUGGCUGGUGCCGCUGUGGCCGCGGACCUGGCGUCAGUCAACAAGGAGUUUCUACGCAAAGAACACCGAGUGUGCGUGGUGGAUGAUUUCUUCACUCCCGAUGCAGUGAAGGCACUUCAAGAUUAUUUGCUGGAGUCCACCAUAUGGUCCCAGGUCAAAUUUGGCCAUGUGGGCACCUACCUCGACACAGGCUUUGCCUCGGAGUUGGUCAGUCAAAUUGAUGAGGAGCUGAGGCAGCAACUGCCUCUUCUUAGCGGCAAGGAGUUACACAAUGCUUGGGCCUACAUGUACGAUGGCUCUCUUGGCGGCAUUGACACCCAUGCAGACGACUGCCAAGUGCAGAUUAACUUCUUCAUCAGCCCAUCUUCAGCAAAUCUUUGGUUGGAAAACAACUCCCUUCCGUCUGGUGGUUUGGUUCUUUAUGGCGUGGGCCCUCCGGCAGAAUGGAACUACACCGACUACAACAGCAUUGUGCAAAAUCCUCGAAUCGAUGAGAUUCUGCGGACUACAAACUAUUGGAAUGUGACCAUCCCGUACUUGGAGAACCGCGCGGUUCUUUUCGAUUCCACAUACUUCCACAAGACAGAUUGCAUGCGUUUCAAGAAGGGCUACAAGAAUCGUCGCAUUAAUGUGACCUUCCUCUAUGGACGGCGAAAAGCCUUGGUACCGGCACCAGGUGUGGCCAGGUCCGCAGCGGCACAGAGCACCAUACCCGAAGAGCAGGAGCAGCUCCAGGAGCGGCGGGAGCGCUACUUCCGAGCUGGCCAGGUGACUCUGGAUGACCAGGACUGGCGGAGCCUCGGCGAGGUGGUGCAGCGUCGCCUCGCCUACAGCUACGUAAGCUGCGUGGAGAUUGGCAUUUGUCCACAGGGAACCGUGGCAGGGGAGGACUGGGUUGUCAUCAUGCAGGUCCUCGCCAGCUCGCAGGCUGAGGUGAUGACCUCCUUCACUGUCUCUGAGAAGGUGUGUGCGGAGAGCCCUGUGGGACCAGACUUGCCUCUUGCAGUGGAGGCUAUUUCACUGUUCUCGUCACUGCGUCAGAUGGCACAGUUUCAAGAGCCCCAAGCGAAGCAAGCGAAGGUGCCGGCCUGGCCUUCUGGCACUAGCGAGGUCCAAGCGAAAGCUGCCGCCGUGAGGAAGAGCUUCCAGCGACCGAAAUUUUGGGUCACGGGUUUCGGCUGGUGCCUGGCCGCAUGCGCGGGAGCUGCCAACACCAUCGCCUUCAAGUGUUGGAGUCUCUAUGCCUCCCAUGUCACGGGCAACACGUCGCGCAUGGCCUUCCAUGCUGAAGGCUUCCAUCAGAACGAAAAUGACUUCGAGACGAUAUUGCAGGCCAGCUCGUUGGUAUCGUCGUUCCUACUUGGGGCCUAUGCUUGCGGGAUGCUGAUUGACAAGAACCAAGUCCACUUCCUCGGCAAGGCCUUCUACGGCUUGGCUCUGGUCUUGAACUCAGCACUUCUUGCUUCGGCAGCUUUUGUUCCUGGACGGCUUCUUCCAGCUUGCAUGGUGGCAGCAGCUUGCGGCUUGCAGAAUGCCAUGUGUACUUCUCAUUUUGGUGCUAUCAUUCGCACCACCCAUGUGACAGGCACUGUCACCGACAUCGGCUCCACCCUUGGUCGCAUCAGCAUGAUCUACCUGAGAAAGGGCUGCCGGCGCAGCAGGCUCGACGAUGUUGAGCGCGCUGAGAUUGGUGUGGAUGCUCGCAAGCUGGCAGUUCUGAUGGGGCUUUGGAUGUUCUACUUCAUCGGCGGUGUCUUGGGCCUCUAUGCAGAGAAUAAGCUUCCAGGCCCACAUGCACUGUUGGCACCAGCAUCUGUCACCGGCAGCCUCGGGAUCUUGUACAUGACUUGCCGUCACGUUUUGAAGAGCUAUCUGCAAAGGUUGGAGCGGGAAAGGUUCUCCGCGGAUCUUCAAGAAGCCCACUCCGUGCUGGCAAACAUGGGGAGCCGUAUCAAGGAUGCCGACUCCGAUGCCAUGAGUCUAGCAGUGGACCUGGAUGCGGAGAUGGGCCACGUGAUGGAUGCUCUCCAUGAGGUUGAGGCUGACCUCGUUGGGAUUUGCCAACCCCGUCAAUAUGCGGAGUCUCGUGAGGCUGCAGUGGCCGACGCGUGA